CCCGCUAAAUUCCUAAAACCCCUAUUCUACCUCUAUAGCCGUUAUCCCAGUAGUGACAAAUUCGCGCCACCUUGUAUUCCCGAAGACCCUAUCAAUUUGCAGGAGGAAGAUGUUGGGGGCCAAGAGUCUGAGCAAGGCGGUGGUGCCGUCCUCUCUCAUAGAGAAUCCUUCUCCUGGUAGCCUCCAGUCCACUCGCCUCGCUCUCCAUGUUAACGAGGACUGCUCUUCUUGUUGGGUCUACAUCGCCUCCGGUUGCCAGAUUUACAAACUCCAGAUUCCAUUGGAAGAUUCUCUGAUCAGCGAAGGAAAAGAAAGCCUUCUGAUCCCAGUACACACUGAGGUUAUGAACUCUUUGAUGGUUAACCGCUGCCCUCAUCGUUCAGAAAUUCAGAGUAUAGUUCUUGCUGAAACUGAGAGCACGGGCUAUUCAAUGUUGGGAACUGUUGAUUCUUAUGGUCACCUUAUUGUAUCUAAACUAGAUACUACUGGUACAGAUGUAGAGAGGCUUACUUAUUCAGUAUUGCCUCGUGAUUGUGGCAUUGGAGAAAGUGGUUGGGCGGGGCUUUGCUUCAGUCCAACACAAUGGUCUACGGCAGCUGUUGCACGUAGCUUCUGCAAAACCAUUGAUGUUUAUGACCAAGACAUCCAUGUCAGGAAAUUAUGUACACUCUGGUACCCAUCAUCACUGAACUUCACAAAAAGUUCGCAUUAUGGGAACGAGGGCUCUAUAUUAGCAAUCACAGAAGGUUCCCAGCUGACUAUAUGGGACUUGAGAAUGAAAGAAAAUGGUGGCUGUCUACAACGAAUAUGCGGUUCCCUUGGUGAUGCGUUUUAUGCUGUCUGCAGUUCUUCAACCGGGAAUAUUGCAGUUGGUGGAGCUGAUCGUACAGUGACAAUCUAUGAUCCUCGCAGAUGGUCAGCAUUAUCAAGAUGGGUGCACUGCUCGAAAUAUGAGAUAACUGGGCUUGCAUUCUCUUCAGUUGACUCCGACUAUAUCUACAUACAAGGGGUUGACUAUGAGGUCUUUUGUGGACAGUGGAAAGAUAGCAGCAAGGUAUUUUCAUUUAGAGGAGACUCAAACUGGCUUGGUUUUAGCAAGUGCCAAAACAAGGAUGUUCUAGGUGGAUGGUGCGACUCGGGGAGUAUCUUUGUGGCCGAUGUUGUAGCGAAAGAAAGCGAAACAAGCAUGCCGCAAGGUUUUGCCAAUGGAUUUCCCUAAUGCUUUGUUCAACUGUCAUCUCAUCUGUAUAAGAUGACUUUCACUUUCGUGCAGUACAACAGAAUUGUAAUAGCACAACCAUGCCCCCCAUUAAGCAACGAUGGAUCGUGACUUCUUAUGUAUGGUUUAAGUUUUUCUUCCUUAAAAGGCAUGGCCAAGUGUGAACCAAAUCAAGUGUGUUACUGGAAUAUGAACUGUUUCUAAGUUGUUAAGUUAGGUCGAUACAGAUCAACGACUGAUAUUCACUCACUCACGUAUGCACAGAGUGUAUACACGGUGUGAUUGCGGUGGAAGUAGGGCAGGGUCAAAAGCCCAGAUCUAGAGCUUGGAUCUUGUUUUUAUUGUUUUUGUUUUUUGUAACUAGUUAAAGAGCUGUGGUGUGCAUGUGGUCCUCUGUUUGAGAUGAAUGUGUCAAAAGUCAAGGGUCAAGAUACCUGGCAAGGUUGACGGAUACGGCGAAUGGGCUAAGCUGCUGUCUGGUUGGGGGGCUUUUAGGGUAUGGUUGGUCUGUGUUAGUUAGCCGACCUUCAAAUAUGAAAAUGGGCCCCACCCAACCGUUUAGAUCCUCAGCUCAGUCUCCAUGAAACAGCUUUACCAGUUCCUAAAAAAGUC